GUUUGUAACCCAAUACCCGGUUCUGCCUUUCGACUGAACAGGAGUACCUCUGUCUUGUCUGGAUUAAGUUUCAGCUUGUUUGCCCUCAUCCAGUCCAUCACUGAUGACAGGCACUGGUCCAGGGUCAGAACAGAUUAUAUUCUGCUAUAUGCAGUGUAGACUCAUAUAAUCCGGUUCAAAGCAGAUAAUGUAGAUUAUCUGCUCUGAUAAUCUGGAUUAUAUGAUAGUGUAGAUCCAGCCUACAUUUGUCUGGGUCUCGCUCUGUAUUUGUCUGUGUCUAUGUCUGUGUGUUUCUGUCUGGCUGCCUGCGUGUCUGCCUCUGCAGAGCAAAUAAGCUGCCUGGAUUGGAAUUGGUCCAGCAAGACUUUUGACUUCUUCGAAACCAAUCUCUCUCCCUCUGAUCUAAAUGGAUCACAGCACUUCCUCCUCUACGUGGAACGGGGGAAGCGUGGAGGGGUGUGUAGACAAUUUCAAUUCAGAUUGAGGAUUCAAGAGACAGAGAGGGAGGUGGAAACAAGGCAAGGAGAGCCGCUUUCCUUCCCCAAAUAGCGCUUUGUUUGGAAAGAUGCAACUAGCGCUCUAGAUAGAUCUCUCCUCUUGGCGGGCGAGGGUGGCUAUGCCGGGCUCUUUAAGGCAGAGUUUGAAGCUUGUGUCCAGACCCUCUCCCUUUUUUGCAUUCUCCCCCCAAAAUCCCGCCUCAAACUAUCUUUGAAGUCCCCUGCGCCUUGCUGCCUGCCUCUGCUUGCAAGCUGCCAGACUUCCUGGAAAAGGACCCGAACAGGAAGAGAGGCUGAAAAAGUGACACGUGGACUUGGGGUUUCUUGCAGAGAGGAGGAAUCUGCAAUUUCUGUCCCGCUGCGCAGGUUGGAGAGAUUGCCUGGAGCUGUCAACUCCUGGCGCGGACCCGACUUCAUUGAAAACUUGACCAGAGAAGAAGGGAUGCUUUGGUCUGGGGUCUCUUAUGCCCCCUUUUUAAAAUAAAUCAAAACAGCAUCCCAUCUUUACUUUUUUAAAAAGCCAGCAAAGCAUUUGGUGGAUGCAGGGAAAUUUCAACCCAUUUCUUUUUGCAAUCCUUCCCCUUUUCUUUCUGUUUGGACUCAAGUCUAGUUUUGUUGAUAGAUUCAGGUAGGGCAGCAAGAACUUUUGGAUCUUGGACGCAGUCUAGUUUUACUAAUAGAUUCAGGUAGGGCAGCAAAAACUUUUGGCUCUUGCAUUUCUUCAUAUAUUUUUUUUGAAUGGCCUUGGGCGUCAGCAAGAAUGGAACACAGGUGUAUAGCGAUGACCUGCUUUCUCUCCACCAUCACAAGUAUCAGCAGCUGCAGCCCGCUCGGUGUGGCCAUCAUCCCCAUCAUGAGGACAGCACGAAAAAGGAUGGAAUCCAAGACACUUUUUGGUCCAGGCCCGAAUCUCGAAUAUGGACCUUGACACUUCUGCUUGGAACCUGCUUGCUCUACUGCACACGGGUCACGAUGCCCAUCUGCGUAGUGGCCAUGAGUGCCCACUUUGGCUGGGACAAGAAACAGUCUGGCGUUGUCCUGAGCAGCUUCUUCUGGGGCUACUGUGUGACUCAGAUCAUUGGAGGCCACCUAAGUGAUAGGAUAGGAGGAGAGAAAGUUCUCCUCCUUUCUGCGACAGCUUGGGGGUGCAUUACUGCCAUCACCCCUCUUUUCAUCUAUGUUGGCUCUGCUCACCUGGUCCUUAUGACCUUCUCCCGGUUCUUCAUGGGGCUGUUUCAAGGGGUUCACUUUCCUGCCUUGGCUAGCCUGUUUUCUCGAAAGGUGCGGGAAAAUGAAAGAUCAUUUACAUAUAGCACUGUUGGAACAGGAUCACAGUUUGGGACUCUGGUGAUGGGUGCUGCAGGGUCCCUCCUUCUCGACUGGUAUGGAUGGGAAACGGUCUUCUACUUUUCAGGAUUGCUAACCUUGCUCUGGGUAUACUGCAUGUGCAAGUAUCUGCUGAAUGAGAAAGAAAUCAUCAUCCCUUUGGAAGACCUAGUGAAAGGCCUCUCCUUAUCCAAACAGACCAAAGUGCCUUGGAAACAAAUAUUUAAAAAGGCCCCAGUAUGGGCAGUGAUUGUGGCCCAGCUGUGUGCGGCUAGCACCUUCUUCACCCUCCUCUCCUGGCUUCCCACGUUCUUCACAGAAACCUUUCCUGACUCAAAAGGCUGGAUAUUUAAUGUCGUUCCAUGGCUUGUGGCAAUUCCAACAAGCUUGUUCAGUGGAUUUCUUUCUGACCAGUGUAUCAAUCAAGGAUAUAAACCAAUCACCAUUCGCAAGUUUAUGCAGAUUGUCGGGUUAGGAAUAUCCAGUAUAUUUGCCUUGGGUAUUGGUUACACAUCCAGUUUUUGCCAAGCAGUGGUGUUUGCAUCCGCUUGCAUUGGAUUUCAGACCUUCAAUCACAGUGGCAUCUCAGUCAAUAUACAGGAUCUGGCUCCUUCAUGUGCUGGCCUAUUGUUUGGUGUGGCUAAUACCGGUGGAGCUUUAUUGGGUGUGGUUUGUGUAUACUUGGCUGGACACUUGAUUGAGAGCACUGGCUCCUGGGUGUCUGUUUUCAAUCUUGUGGCAACAGUGAAUGCCGUUGGACUCUGCACUUUUCUCAUCUUUGGAAAAGCUCACAGAGUGGACACAGACAAUGUCUAUGUAGAUCUAUAAGCUUCCUCCUGGGCAAAAUCCAGGAAAAUUUUGGACUGACAUUACAGAGCUUCAGCAGAAUACCAAAAACAACUUUGUGCCGUGAAGAGAAGCCAUAUGCUAACUUAUUGAUUCAGUGGGGUUAAUUCAUGCCCUUUUCAACUCCUGUUUCUUUCGUGUGUGUUUAAGCAAUUUUGCUGCUGACCUGCAAGAUGGUUAUAUUAGGGCUCGCCUUCAAUUCCAGUGGAACAAUGUUUAAAUUUCAAGCAAACACAGAAAAGGCCACCACGGUUGUAACAGAUAAUUUCCAAAAGGCAGUGGGAGCAACACUGAGGACCAAAUUAUCUCAAUGAAGAGGGAUGAUAAAAUAGACAAGUCUCUUUCUGUAACUGGCAUGGUGGUCCUGCAGAUUUCAGCCAAAGAAUUAGAAAAUGGCAGGUUCUCUUUCAAGGGUCCUCCAGAAUCAGACUGACAAACUAUGUGUUAUUUAGACAAUAGCAAAGAGAUAAAACGCACUUCCUCUGGCAAAGGGGGAAAACAACAACAAGGAAUGAGAUUUAAAUAAUUACAACAGGAGAAGAAACGUGAAGGUUUUUGUUUACUGGAUUUUCAACUUUACUAUGCUGAUUUCUGUUUAGUAGGAUUGAAAGGAAAUUAAAAUCUAGAUAACAAAGCAUUGUUACAGUUGGAGUACUUUGCUUUAAGAUUUGGUAGUCAUGGGUAUAUGUGGUAUGAAAAGAACAAAGUAAAUUCUGAUUUUAACAAUCAUUUUAUAACAAAGGCAAUGCUGAAGAUUUGGAAUAGGUAUAGGUCAAAGUUAUAUAAGCCAAACUGCCUUUUUGGGUAUCUUGGUACCAAACUCAAGCAGGUAUUGAAAGCCCAGAGUAUUAUGUGGAAUAGCUUCAUGUCAGUAAUAUGACUUGAAAUGAGCAACUUUUGCUCUGCAUACCGCAUAACCAUCUCAUUCUGCACACUGUUAAUGAUGUGUGAGUAUGUGUCUAUAUACACCUUAAUAUUCUGCGUGGUAUAUAUUUAAGUGACUGAGUUGUAACUAUUAAUUUAAAUAAUUAAGUUAUGUUUUAUUUUAUUACUCUUGAGAGUCAGUGUUCCCUUGCUGUAAUGCAAGCACACAGAAUGUCUGACCUGACCUAAUCCUUUACAUAAAGGGCAAGGGCACAGAUGGCUGUGAUUCAAAUGCACCUGUAUGGGGAAAUAUAGCUGCAGGAUUAUGGUACAGAAUAAGUCCCCAAAAUGUGACCAAGAGGAGCAUGUAACAGACAGGAGCAUUCUUACCAAAUGAAAUCAACAUGAAAAAGGGUGAACUCAUUAUAGUCUAUACUAGUAACAGGAACGUUUGCCCUUUUGUUUAUGGCUCACAGAAAGGUAGGGUUGGAGGGAACCUCAAGGAUCUUUUAGUACAAUUGCUUGCCAUGCAGGAAUCCACAAAGCACUCCUGAGAGAUGUUAAAAAUCAUAUCGGAAAAAAUGCUGAUGAUCAUAGGGUCACAGGCCUACAUGGUCACUCAAGAUGGCACUUGUGUUUUCACUUGUCAGUUUCCUUCUUGAACUAUGAUGCCGAGACAAGGACAUAAUAUUUCAUGUGAUAUCUGAUCAAACUAGAAUAGAAAUGGCAUUAUGAGUUCCCUUGAUACAGAUACUGUGCUGCUAUUGAUGCAGCCCAGAAUUAGCUUUUUUUUUUGACAACAGCAUCUUGCUGUUGAUCCAUGGAUGACUCUAAGAACCAUAGAUCUUUUUCACAAAUACUGUUGUCACACCAGGGAAUCCUCUGUCAUAUUUCUGUGCAUUUCCUUCUGAGAUGUAGUACAUUCUAUUUUCCCUAUUGAAAUUCACUUCGUUAGCUUGUUAAAUUCAGUUUCAGUCUUGAUUCUGUCCUCUUGGGAUAUUAGCUACUCUAUCCUAAGUUUUGAUCUCCUUCAACAUUGAGAAGCGUGACUUCUGCUCUAUCCUCCAAGUCAUUUAGAAAAUCCUGUAAACACACCAGGUGCAGGACAAAACCCCUAGACACCCUACAGGUCAGUACAAUCAGGAUGAAGAGAAACUCCUGGUGAGCAGUCUUUGUGAUAGGUUCAUCUUCCAUUUUUAAAAAAAAUUACCCCAAAAUGUUGGCAAUGCAUAGCUCACAGUUUACUAGCUUGCUUUCAAGAAAGCUUGUCAAAAAGCCUUAUUGAAAUAUUUUUUUUUCUUCAUCUACAGCAUUCCUGACAUUUACUAAAGCAUGUACCUCUGUAUAAAAAAGAGAGAGAUAACAUUGAUCCUGGAUUACAUAUUUUCGGAUGAAUGUUUGGGGGAAAUAUGGGGCAGCAAGAAAUGAGUGCCUUACUUUUUUAGAACUAUAACUUAAUAAAACACUCCACCCCCUGCCAUUUCCUAAAAUUCUAUUGUUCGUCUUUAUCUUCUGACAGUGUUGAACAGAAAUUGAUUUUUUUUUUAAAUUUGCAAGCUAGUUCUUAAUCUAUUCACUUGUGCCUUAACAAUUGCUGUAUUAAAUAAAAGUCAUAGGUGGUGGAAGUGGCAGCUUCCAUGUCAGUGGGCUGGAGACUCCACUCUGUGUUUUAAUCUAAAAAUUAAAGGAGUUUUCCAAGGCACAGAAACUAUGUUGUGGAUAGAGUUCAGUACCUUGGAUAGCUCCACUUGAAUACAUGCUAAAACCUUUGGUCGAUUUAAUGCUACACUGACACAGAAGCCUCCAUUACAUACAGGGAAUAAUCUGAAGGAAUGGCUGGGAUUUCUGGGAGUUGUUGGCCAAAACAUCUGGGGACCCACAGGUUGAGAACCACUGUCAUAUAACUUACUUGUGCCCUGAUAUCAUGGCACCACAUGUCUUCCUAGUUGCUCACAGCAGUGGAGUGGGAGUGGAGAAAUGCCAGGCAUCAUCAGCUUGACACAUACCUGUAGUUGAUGUUAGGAGGAGGAGGAGCAGCAGCAGUAGCUAUUUCUUUAUUGUGACAUCUGAGUUAUCCUAAAGCAGUGGUGGGCAAAGUACAACCUAGCAAGAACAUAUGGUCCCUAGGCCAUUUUUGUGAGUUACAAAAUUGGAAUUGCCCCCAAAUGCCUUCUGGAGCAAGAGUGGCAAACUGGUUGUGUCUGGGAGCUAAUUUUCUCCUCCCAGGACUCACCACAGGCUGUACCUGUCCCGAUAAUAUGCAUAUACAGAAGAAAAUCUAAAACAGAAAUGGCCUUAUUUCCUGUUUUCUAAAACUCAUUUGUGGAGGUUUAAGGGGAGAAAGAACAUGCAACAGACUCAAAUUCUUCAUUUUGAGGAAAACACAUCACUCCUUGGAGAUUCUAUGGAUAGAAAUUGAUCUUUGUUGUCCAAAUUUCAAAGUAGGAGGAAACAGUAGGACUUGGGGCCCAUAGAAAUGCUCCGGGAGCAAGUUGUAGCCCAUAGGCCUCAUCUUUUCCAGUCUUGACCUAAAGUGAAUCCUGUUGUUGAACUAUCUAAAUGUUGUCUUCUAUUUGUUGAGUCAGCAAAUGCCCUUACUCGUUUACAUGUUGUUAAUGCAAUUUUGCAUCUGUGUUAUCUAUGUAUUGUUUGGAUAUUUAGUUUUCCAGUAUCUGGCACCUUUUCUGAUAGCUCUUUUAAGAUUUUGGCACAUGUCUGGUUGAAAAGAGAAGACCAAGGCCAUCAAGAUCCAUGUGGAACCUUGUCAGCCAAAAUGAAAGCAUUCAAAUCUAGCAACUUAUUCCCUUAUUUAAAUAAAUUUAAUUUUGUUUUGUUCAUAUGAAAUAAAGCAGAGUUCUCUUCUG